AUGGAAAUACAUUGUAAGCACGACCCGUUUGCAGCGAUGCAUAGACAUGGAGGAGUGAAUCAGUUAGGGGGUGUUUUUGUGAAUGGUCGACCACUCCCUGACGUAGUCCGCCAAAGGAUUGUGGAACUUGCCCAUCAAGGUGUCAGACCCUGCGACAUUUCCAGGCAACUACGGGUCAGUCAUGGCUGUGUCAGCAAAAUUCUUGGAAGGUACUAUGAGACUGGAAGCAUUAAGCCUGGAGUUAUUGGGGGGUCAAAACCAAAGGUCGCCACACCCAAAGUAGUAGAAAAAAUUGCAGAAUAUAAACGCCAAAACCCCACCAUGUUUGCCUGGGAGAUCAGGGACAGACUUUUAGCAGAGCGAGUGUGUGAUAAUGACACGGUGCCCAGCGUUAGCUCAAUUAACAGGAUUAUACGAACAAAGGUACAGCAACCACCCAACCAACAAGUUCCAGCCUCCAGUCACAGCAUAGCCUCCACAGGGUCCGUGACCCAAGUAUCCUCAGUAAGCACAGACUCAGCGGGUUCCUCCUACUCCAUUAGUGGAAUUCUGGGAAUUACGUCUCCCAGCGCUGAAAGCAACAAACGCAAAAGAGAUGAAGGUAUUCAGGAGUCUCCAGUACCAAAUGGCCAUUCUCUCCCAGGCAGAGACUUCCUUCGGAAACAAAUGCGGGGAGAUCUUUUCACCCAGCAGCAGUUAGAAGUGUUGGAUCGAGUCUUUGAAAGACAACAUUAUUCUGACAUCUUCACAACAACUGAACCCAUCAAACCAGAGCAGUGGUGCUCCAUGCUGAUGAGACAAUACUUGGUGCAACCCCAGGCAGUCAUUUUUCAGUCAACAGAAUACUCAGCCAUGGCAUCACUAGCUGGUGGAUUAGAUGACAUGAAGGCCAAUUUAACAAGCCCUACUUCAGCAGAUAUAGGAGCCAGUGUUCCAGGGCCACAAUCAUAUCCUAUUGUGACAGGUCGUGAUUUGGCAAGCACAACCCUCCCUGGAUACCCUCCACACGUCCCCCCUGCUGGACAGGGCAGCUACUCUGCUCCAACGCUGACAGGGAUGGUGCCUGGGAGUGAGUUUUCUGGGAGCCCAUACAGCCACCCACAAUAUUCAACAUACAAUGAUUCUUGGAGAUUUCCUAAUCCUGGAUUGCUAGGUUCUCCUUACUAUUACAGUGCUGCAGCUCGUGGAGCCGCACCCCCAGCAGCUGCUGCUGCUUAUGAUCGUCACUGACACAAGGAACCAAGAAGCACUUAUUAAACAUAUCAUGCUGGACGACACCACUGGACUCACCUAGAAUGCAACUGCAGAUACCAGAC